AUGGACACGACAUUCAUCACGAUCCAUGGCAAGCCACUUCCAACCUGCAAUCUAUCAUGUGACGCCUCGAUCCGAUAUGCCUCCGAUAGCAUUCAGGUAGUGCUUGGGUACCAGCCAUAUGAAGUGCUUAAUCGCUCGUGCUGGGAGUACUUCCACCCGCAGGAACUGCCCUUUGCGCGCAGUGUCCAUGGUCGCGGUGUGCGACUUGAUAAAGCUGCCGUGCUGAACUACUGUUCCAUUCGACACAAGAAUGGAUCGUGGAUCGGGUGCGAGUGUGUGUUUACGGUCGUGUACGAUGUGUUGAUCGCAAGCACUACUGUCUAUGGCCGGGGGAAGGGCAGUCAAAACCGCGCCGUUGAUGCUCCCAUUGUCCGCCAUCUCUUCACUUCCUCCCCCAAUGACUCGCGCUAUCACAUGCUCACAUUGCUAUCCAACAAAUUCUCACAACGCCUCGAUGAGCCGCUUCAUGAGCCUCGCGCUGCCAUGUUCGUUAAUAGAUUCACCCGCACGGCCACUAUUAUGUACGCUACCGCCGGCGUGAGCCAGAUUCUGGGACUGAACCCCAACCAGCUUAUCUCGAAGAGCUUCUUCUACUGUAUCCAAGAGCGGUGCUUGCGGGAUGCAGUAAGAUGCUUGGAGAGCGCGAAGGCAAACGACUCGAUUGCCUAUCUGCGCUUCUGGUUCCGAAACCCCAUGCAAGAUGAUAAUCCCGAAAUGGCUCAACGUGGACUCGUCGCUUUUUCAGACCCAAUUCCUCCUCUGGAGCUGGAGGCCGUUGUUUCCUGCACAUCGGAUGGUCUAGUCGUGAUUCUCCGUCGUGCUCGAGCUCCCAUACCCACCAGCAGCACCCUUCCACCUCAGCCGGUCCCUGUUUACUCGAAUGGUUUGUUCGCGGCACCGUGGGCUCCAGAGCCGGUCUACUCCUAUGGAGAAGCGCCCCGUGCUCAGGAGAAUAUUGUUCCAAAUCCAGCUUAUCCGGAAGUGCGGGCCUCACUUUGCAGGGAAGAUCACUCUUCUGGGUCCAACUUUACUUCAAGCUCUUCUGCCCCUACUAGCGUUGAGACGCCUCCUCUGCAACCAGAACUCAAGACGAGCGGCGGUGGCCCUGCGGCAAUGGAAUUUAUGGAUACGAUCCGCGAGGUGGCCGUCUUCGCUUGGGGUAUUAUUGGAAUCAACCGGUCGCUUGAGCAGUACAAGUGUGGAACGCCAGCGGGUGAUUCUCAGCCUGCGGAUGCGAAUUUCGAAGAUGGUACAUUUGGGGGAGACGCUGCGGCUGGCCGUGGCUGGCAGUAA